AUGUCUCAAGAAACACAGAAGACACUGGAGCUGGAGGCAGCUUUAGGAUUCAACGGACAUGUGGUCUCGGGCCUGAAGGUCCAUCCAGACCAAAAGCACCUGGUUUAUCCUCUGGGCUGGACCGUCAUCAUUAAAAGAAUCACAGACGGGAAGCAGGACUUUCUGCACGGACAUAACAACAACGUGAGCUGUUUGAGUGUGUCCAGGAGCGGACAGUACAUCGCCUCUGGACAGGUCAACUUCAUGGGCUUUAAGGCUGACAUCAUCCUGUGGGACUUCGAGCAGAGGAGCGUUUACGCUCAGCUCUGUCUGCACAAGGCCAAAGUCGAGGCACUUUCAUUUUCACCAAACAACAAAUACCUGGUGUCUCUGGGAGGGGAGGACGACGGAAGUGUUGUGGUGUGGAACAUUGAGACUAAACAGGCCGUGUGUGGGAGUCCUGCCUCGGCCCAGAGCGCUGGUCACUGCUACACCGUCAAGUUCUCCAACCAAAGCGACAACAUUUUUGUGUCGGCUGGAAGUGGGACUCUGCGUGUUUGGGAGCUUGACGUCCCAAACCGGAAGAUUCGACCGUUGGAAUGUCAGACGGGGAAACUGAAACGCAUCGUUAAAUGUGUCGAGAUCACGGAGGACGACGGGUUCGUUCUGUGCGGCACCACGAGCGGAGACGUCCUGAGGGUGAACAUGAAGACCGGCCUCCUGUCGGACUGCGGCCCCGUCAAGACUAAACACAGUCUGGGCGUCACUUCUCUCAGACUCUUGAGCUCUGGACUUCUGCUCGUCGGUUCUGGUUCGGGGAGUUUCAGUCUCUGUUCCAGCGCCAACUUUAAGACUCUGAAACGGGUGGAGCUGGAGAAAGGCGUCACCUCCAUCGCUUUAGGAGGACAUCAGUUCUUCGUGGGGACAGAAGCCGCUCAGAUCUAUCGUUUCUCGUACGACGACUUUAAGGCCGAGCUCGUGUCCACCAGCCACAGCAGCGCGGUCAAAGACGUGGCCAUCGCUCACGGCGUGUCGGAGCUGUUUGCGACGUGUUCUCUGGAGGACGUCCGUCUGUGGCACAUAAACAAACCCAAAGAACUUCUGAGGAUCACGGUCCCCAACAUGACCUGCAACGCCAUCGACUUUAUGAAGGACGGACACAGCAUCAUCAGCGCCUGGAACGACGGCAAAAUUCGCGUUUUCGCUCCGUCCAGCGGUCGACUCAGGACGACCCUCCACAACGCUCACAAACUGGGCGUGACGGCGAUCGCGGGCGCCGGAGACUGCAGGAGGAUCGUGAGCGGAGGAGGCGGAGGACAGGUGAGAGUCUGGGAGCUGCAGCCGAACAGUCACCGUCUCGUCGCGUCGAUGAAGGAGCACAAAGACUCUGUGACCUGCAUCCGAAUCAAGAGCGACGACCGAGAGUGCGUCAGCGCCAGCUCCGACGGCGCCUGCAUCAUCUGGGACCUACACCGUUUCGUGAGUCUCCAAACUGUCAUGGCGAACACGUUUUUCCAGGCGGUUUGUUACCACCCGGACGAAUACCAGAUCCUCACGAGCGGCACCGACAGGAAGGUCACGUACUGGAACGUGUACGACGGCUCCCCGAUUCGAGAACUGGAAGGGUCGCAGUCGGGCACCGUCAACGCCGUGCACAUCACUCAAGACGGCAGACAUUUUGUGACGGGCGGUGACGAUAAGUUGGUGAAAGUGUGGGAUUACAUGGAGGGCGUCGUGACCCACACGGGCGUCGCACACGGGGGCAGCAUCACCAGCGUCAAAGUGUGUAACGGCGGGCGGCUCGUGGUCAGCACCAGCGCAGACGGAGCCGUUCUGUGCUGGAAGUUUCCUCACGCCGCUGUUUCCUCCUGA